UAAAACGAAGGAGAGGACUCGGGAAUAUAAAGAAAGCCUGAGAAGCCAAUAGGUAGUUAGGUACCGUCUCCCUCUCUCUCCGAUACUCUUCUUCCGGCCAAUCUUUCACGUCCGGCAACUUCUUCCGACUCCAAAUUUGACACCCAACCUUUUCUCUAGCAAAGAUCGCGCCUUUCCCCUUUCGCUAAAACUCCAAUCCUAGGGUUAGGGUUUUCCAUUCCCAAUUUUUCCCCCAAAAAUCCCAAUCCCAAAUCUCCGUGAACCAUCACCAUGGGGAAGAACGACUUCCUAACGCCGAAGGCAAUCGCGAACCGAAUCAAAGCCAAGGGGCUGCAGAAGCUCCGGUGGUACUGCCAGAUGUGCCAGAAGCAAUGCCGCGACGAGAACAGCUUCAAGUGCCACUGCAUGAGCGAGAGCCACCAGCGCCAGAUGCUCAUCUUCGGCGAGAACCCCAACCGCGUCGUCGAGGGCUACUCGGAGGAGUUCGAGACCAGUUUCUUGGAGCACAUGAAGCGCAGCCACCGCUUCAGCCGCAUCGCCGCCACCGUCAUUUAUAACGAGUACAUCAACGACCGCCACCACGUCCACAUGAACUCGACGGAGUGGGCCACGCUGACGGAGUUUGUGAAGCAUUUGGGGAGGACCGGCAAGUGCAAGGUGGAGGAGACGCCGAAGGGGUGGUUUAUUACUUAUAUUGAUAGGGAUUCGGAGACGCUGUUUAAGGAGAGGGAGAAGAUGAAGAGAGUGAAGGCCGAUUUGGCGGAGGAGGAGAAGCAGGAGAGGGAGAUUAAGAAGCAGAUUGAGAGGGUUUAUCAGUCGAUGCCGAAUGCGGAUAAUGUAGAGGGUCAGGGUGGUGAGGAGGUGAAUAGGGAGUUGAAAGUGGAGAGUGGUGUGAAAGUGGGGUUUGCGCUUGGGGGGUUGAAGAAAGAGAAAGGGGAGAGUUCGAAAUUGGUGUUUGAGGAGGUGGAGGAUGAGAGGAAGAGUAAGAAAGCGAAAACCGGGGGUGGUAAUGGUGGUUCAGGGAGCUUGGCGUUGGAGGAGUUGAUGAGGGAGGAGGAGAGGAAGAAAGAGAGGGUUAAUAGGAAGGACUAUUGGGUGUGCGAGGGGAUCAUUGUCAAGUUCAUGAGUAAGGCUUUGGCGGAGAAGGGUUACUAUAAGCAAAAAGGGGUUGUGAAGAAAUUGAUUGACAAGCAUGUUGGCAGACACAUGCAUUUCUCUUCCCCCACUUAGCUUAGGCAACCGCAACACACCCUAACUCUGAUCAUUUGUCUUCUUUGAGUUUUCAAGGUGAGAAUGGCAGGAUCAGAAAAAGGACAUGCAAUUGGAAUUGAUCUCGGGACAACGUACUCUUGCGGGGCAGUGUGGCAGC